AUGGCUGAAGCUCACAAGAAAAUCGUAGAUCAAUUUGCACAAUCACUCAAUGCUGGUCAUCUUAAUGAACUUGAUAAAUUUUGUGAACAUUAUGUUGAAAAAAUUGCUGAGCACAAUGUCGUUUAUAAAAAUAUUGAUGAAGCACGAGAUUAUCAUGCAAAGUUACGUCAAACUUAUCCAUCGUCUGAAUGGAAAAUUCUUGAAUAUCAACAUGAUGAUCCAUACAAUGAAACAUUGGUCGCUCGUCUUUCAUAUAAUAAUCAAACAUAUCAUACAACUUAUACAUUUAGUUCAGCUGGAAAAAUUGAAAAAAUUCAUUCCGUUCCUGAACAUCAUCACCAUACUUAA